GAACAAUGUCCAGUCCAGAAACAACCCAGCUCUCCAACAAAGCAUUACUGCCUUAGACUCAAAGAAGACUUUAUGUUCGCCAACUGAAAAGUACAGAAAAGGAACAGUUACUAUCAGCUUGCAUUUUUAAAUUAAGAGGACUAUUAUUUUUCUAUACCUUUUAAACCUAUAUAAUACUAUCAACUCCAAGGACACAAUGAAUACCAUUCUGCUGUUUGCUAUAGCUAUGUUCGGAGUCCUAUCUAGCUGUAGCGGUCACUAUUAUCGCCGAAGGACAUAUUUUCGUCCAGUCGUCCACAAGCGGGGGGUCAUUCCUCAUCGAGUCUUCAUUCACAGAUAUCCGACCUACAUGAUCCAGAAGAAGAGUAUGGGAACCGUCUACCCUACCAAUGGACAUGGACCAUUCUACAGACCCAACUUUCCCGCCAGUAUCAACACAUUUCAUCCACAAGCGACAGUUAAUCCUAAUGUAGUGAUCCCCUCAAACGGGCGCGUGGUGAACCCAGGAUUUGUAGCCCCUAAUACUGGUCGUUUUAUUAACCCAGUAAAUGGUGGUUUUCUAAACCCAGUAAAUGGUGGUUUCGUAAAUACAGGAUUUGUUGUACCCAGAGAAGGCGGAGUUAUCCCUGGUGGUGUAAGCGUUGUGGGAACACCAGAUGUCACUAGUGUUGUACCAACAUUCACAAACCUUGGAAUCAAUUCAAUGUCUGAAUUGCCUCCAAUGGAUUUUAAUAAGAAUGUAAUUAUCGACGGAAUUGACACUUUCCCUGGAGACAGUUUCCUAUUUCCAGGAGCCGGAAUAGGUUUUCAGACCAAGGAUGUUGGUGCUGACGGGAAACCAGUCGUUCAGGAACAAAACAAAAACGGGGACCAAGCAGCCACACCGGACUCUUCAUCUCUUGGUGUUACUUCCGGUAUAGAUGCAGGUUUUCCGGCUAUCAGCCCCGUAGUUAUCACAGAUACCAGCAACGGAGCAGAGCUUCCAGUUAUAACCCCAGUUGUCAUCACUGAUGCAACUGAUUCCACGGGCCUCCCUGAUAUGACCUUCCCGGAAGUAGGUUUACCAGACACAAACGAGAUCUUCCCUGGAGUCGGUGGAGGAAAACAGAACUCUAGCUGCCAUAAAACCGGCUGUGACACCGGUGCCGAAUGUGUGUUCGCGGAGGAAUACAUCUGCCCUAGUUACAUCCCAUCCGUCGCGUGCGAAUGUCGGCUGGGAUGUCGCCUCGACUACAACUUUAUCCCUCUGGGUGGAUCCAUCACAAUCGACGUUUGUGGAAACACGUGUUCCUGUAACAACAUGUACGGCGCGGCUGAGUGUACACAGCGCAUGUGCAAACCAGAAGAACCAGCUCUUUCCAUAGCCGGAACUAUUCCCUCAGACAACGAUCUCGGAGGAUUCCAGGGCGCAUUCGAUAGUAUAACAGAGUUUCCGACGGCGAAAACCGACAGCGGAUUCGAUCUCCCGCCUAGUGCCUCAAGUCGUGUCACUGUCCCGGAAUUACAACUAUUCUCCGAACCUAUGCAAGUAGUGGAAAAACUUGUGAACGAUUCCCCAGUACCGUCUGUCAAUGAUGGUUCGGCGGCAGAAACACCAGUUGUUGGUGAUACACUCAACAACGUCAUCGGGAUCUCAAACACGGACAAUACUGUAUCACCUCAGGAAUUGUCCACCGAAUCUCCAGUAGUCUAAUCAAACAGUUACAAUAUUCCAGCAAAUGGCCAAAACAUGUCACCAGGUUCGUUAAAUUAAAAACGCGGUUUGUUUUGAUGAAAUUUCUGACUUCAUACGUAUCUGAUUGUGUUCAUUUUGAAACCCUCGAGAUACUUUUUCAUGAAGCUUUUAAGAACAUGCAGCUUGAUACAUCAUUGAAGCAUGAACUUGCGGAUACUGUUGACGUUUUCAAUAUGGCGUGGACAAUAAACUGAAUAUUUAUUAUCACGCAUUGAAUCGAAAAGGAUCGUGGUUUUUCAUGAACUUCAAAUGAAACAGGUUAAUCUUGGACAAAGAAUAUUGGACGUUGAAUGUCGGAAAAUGGAAAUUAACCAUUGAAUGUUGGACAUGAAUAUGGUUUAAUUUACACUGGUGGAUGAAAAUCAGUGUUUGACUCUCUGACAAUGUUCUUCAGACAAGGAAUAAGAACAAUAACACUGAACUUUGAACACGAAGCGUGGAACAUCGAACACUGAGUAUCAUAAAUAUUCGUCUGCAAUUCAGAUAUCUGGUAGAAAAACAUUGUUGAAAAACAUGCUGUAGUUCAGGAUUUUCCCCACACUCGUUAUAAUACAUUUUUAAUUGUAUGGAGUAACAGAAUAUGCCUGAGAUAUCAACGAUACCUUUGUUUAAAGUCAAACAUAUAAACGUUACACAGUGUCCUCCUGUGUGGUCAUAUUCAAGAUAAGGAAGGAAGAGAACGAUUGAAAGAAAGAGAGAGAGAGAUAGAAACAGAGAGAGAGAGUGAAAGGGAAGUUGUUUAGUUAUUUAUUCCCCCAAAAUGCUGUUUUCUUUCGGUUUCAUGUUUUGUUUCCAUAUAAGGACAUGCAUCGUAAUAUGUGCUUUAUUAUUGUGCUAAUAGAGUUAAGUCCCCAUUAAUUUACGUACCUACCUCAAUAUCAAUGCGUCCUUGAACUACAUCUUUUAUGUACAUGAAAUCCUUAUACAAUUUUAUGUCAUUUUGUGUAUUAAAUUAUUUGCUUUUUUUAUAAUAAAAUGA